AUGGUGUCCGAGAUUGGGAACGGGUCCAGCACAAUGCUCAGCUAUUGCAGGAUCGGUUUCUUCUGCCUGAUGUACAUCGUUCUCAGUGGAGGGCUGAUCAAUUUCAACAAGUACUUGGUGCAUGAGGGGCGGUUCCCUCACCCGAUGGCGCUCACGGCCAUCCACAUGUUCACCAGUUUCGUGCUCACUUCCAUCAUUCUGCUGGUGAAACCGUCCAUGAUGCCGAGCGUCGAGAAGUGCAGGGGCAGGCUGUCUGACCUCUACAAGUACCUGAUUCCCAUCGGCUGCUUCUUCGCCGUGAUGCUGUACGGAUCAAACAAGGCGUACAUGUACUGCAGCGUGGCGUUCUUGCAGUUCAUGAAGGAGACUAACGUUGUGCUCGUGUUCCUCUUCUCGGCCCUGGCGGGCUUGCAGACCAUCAACAGGCAGCGCAUGUUCGUCAUCCUCUGGGUAAUCUCGGGGUCGACAUUGUGUGUCUCUGGCGAGCUGCACUUCGCCCUGACAGGCUUCAUCCUGCAGCUCGUCUCGCAGUUCGCGGAGUGCUGCCGCGCCGUCAUCGCGGAGCUGGUCCUCACCGGUAACGACUACAAGCUGGACUCGCUUAGCUACGCCUUCUUCAUCUCGCCCGUGUGCCUGGUGGUGCUCGUCGUUGGCGCCACCGUCACGUGGAGCAACGAGAUUCUGACCGACACGGCCGCGAUGUGGUACCUCUUGAUCCCGAAUGCGUGCCUCGCGGUCUGCCUCAACAUCACCAUCGCGCAGGUGAUCAAGGAGACCUCCGCCGUCGGCUUCAUGAUCACCGGCAUGGUCAAGGACGUCGUUCUGGUCUGCUUCUCCUCCGCGGUGUUCCACGACACCAUCCAGAAGCAGCAGUGGCUCGCGUUCAUGGUGACGCUCAGCGGGGUGUUCUUCUGGUCCUACAUGAAGAUCGACCCGGGGUCCAAGCUGGUCCGGGCCUUCGAGAAGAUGCUCGGGGUUGGUGCUUGGCCCUUCCCAGGGGAGCCGCUCCAGGCGCCGACGGGCGCCAAGAAGCCUAGCGAGGCGACGCCCAUAGCCCCGAAGAGCGCUUGA